AUGGUGAGCUAUCUGAAUUUCCAUCCAGUAUUGAACGUGCGGCGAGUGGAGGCAGCUAGGAGCCUCACAUGCCCAACCCCUGCCGCCCCCCCGCCUCCCACUUACCCCUCCUCCCGAUCCCCCACUCCCCAGACCCCCAUGACCCCCAUGGUGAGCUAUCUAAAUCUCCAUGCGGUGCUGAACGUGCGACGGGUAGAAGCAGCUCGGAGCCUCAUGCGCGCAAAGCAGCAACUGGCGCAACUACAGCAGCAGCAACAGCAGCUGCAGUAUCAGCAUCAGCAACGGCAGCAGCAGCAUCCCCAUCAGCAGCAGCAGUAUCAGCACCAGCUGCAGCGGUUGCAGCGGCACAAGCAGCAACUGGAGAACAAAAUUAACUCCCUCGUUCUCACCAAGGUACCCAGGGUCCUUCUAGUAGGCCCCACAGACUCUGGCAAGUCAACCCUAGCACGCAUGUUGCUCUGCUGGGCGGCCAGGCAGCAAUGGCACCCCACCUACGUGGAUCUAGACGUGGCUCACAGCAGUGUCACUGUGCCGGGGGCAGUAGCGGCCACGCCAGUGGAAGCACCACUGGAAGCGAAUGCGAGGAGUGUUGAAGAGGCGCCUCUGGUGUUGUUCUAUGGACACACCAACCCCAGUGCCAAUCUCGACCUAUAUCGAGCGUUAGUGACGGCAAUGGCAGAUGCAACGGACAGGCGACUAGGCAUCACACCCUUGGGAGACGGAGGAGCGGAGGAGGGGGGAGGGGAUGGGGGAACAGCAGGGGCAGGGGCAGGGGCAGGGAGGGAGGCAGCAGGAGGGGCGGAAGCUAUUGGGGCGGCAGCGAUAGGGGCGGCAGCGAUAGGGGCGGUUCCAGUGGAGGCAGCAGCAGCGGGGAUGAUAGCGAACAGCAUGGGAUGGGUGGAUGGGGCUGGUUACCAGCUGCUGCUGCACUCCAUUGAUGCCCUACGGGCCAACGUGGUGCUUGUACUGGGGCAGGAGCGGCUCUACAGCAUGCUCUCGGAGCACUACCGAAGCAAAGCAGCAGCUGCUGCUGCAGAUGGUACCCCUGCCGGCCAUGCAGCGGCGGUGGAGGUGGUGAAGCUUGUGCGGUCCGGAGGUGCCGUGUCCCGUGCUUCCAAAUUCAGGCAGCGGCUGAGACAAGCAGUCAUCAAGGCGUACUUCUACGGGCCAGAGCGGCAAUUCUCGCCUCAUUCGAGCACAGCCAGCUGGUUGGAUUACACGGUGCUGAGGGUAGGGGGAGGCCCGCAGGCACCGCAGUCAGCGCUACCCAUUGGUGCAGCGAGGGUUUCAGACCCGCUUCGCACUGCACCAGUGGUUCUUUCUCGGGAGCUGGAGCAUCAUGUGCUGGCAGUUUCACAUGCCAAGGAGGAGAAGGACGCUGUUACAGGGACUGCUCUCUGCCACGAAACUGCCUGUUGGUUUGAGGAGGCGCUGGUGGAGAAGCCCAUCUUUCCUGGCUUGGAGAGCUCUGCAAUGGCUGAUGUUGAGACCGAUAAUGCUGGGGUUCUGAGCGGUGCUGCUGCUGUUGCUGCUGCUGCUGCUGCUGCUGCUGCUGCUGCUGAUGAUAUUGAGACCGAAUGGGCUGUGCAUGACGGGGAGAUAGGAAGUGGGAGUCAUCUGGACGUGUACCAGGGCCAGAAUAGCGGGAAAGCUGAGGGGAGGAGGACCUUGCACCAUAUGGGUUUCCUCGUGUACCAGCUGGGGGGACUUCUGAAUGGAAGGAUGAGCUGCCUGUAG